AUGUCCAGGAAGAAGACUCCCAAGAGCAAGGGGGCCAGCGCGCCCACUGCCUCAGUGCUACCCGCUGCCAACGGGCCCCGGGCGGCGCGCCCCGGGACUGUGCGCCUCGGCCCCCAGGUGCCGCCCAACGGGCCCCCGCAGCCCGGCCGGCCCUCACUGGGCAGUGGUGGCGAUUUCUACGAUGUCGCCUUCAAGGUCAUGCUGGUGGGGGACUCCGGCGUGGGGAAGACGUGCCUGCUUGUGCGAUUCAAGGAUGGGGCUUUCCUAGCAGGGACCUUCAUCUCCACUGUGGGCAUCGACUUUCGGAACAAAGUUCUGGACGUGGAUGGCAUGAAGGUGAAGCUGCAGAUCUGGGACACAGCUGGCCAGGAGCGGUUCCGCAGUGUCACCCAUGCCUACUAUCGUGAUGCACAUGCACUGCUACUGCUCUAUGAUGUCACCAACAAGGCUUCCUUUGACAACAUCCAGGCCUGGCUGACCGAGAUCCAAGAAUAUGCCCAGCACGACGUGGUGCUCAUGCUGCUAGGGAACAAGGUGGAUUCUGCCCAGGAGCGUGUGGUGAAGAGGGAGGAUGGGGAGAAGCUGGCCAAGGAGUAUGGGCUGCCUUUCAUGGAGACCAGUGCCAAGAUGGGCCUCAACGUGGAUUUGGCCUUCACAGCGAUAGCAAAGGAGCUGAAGCAGCGCUCCAUGAAGAGCACCAGCGAGCUCCACUUCCAGCUGCACGACUAUGUCAAGAGGGAGGGCCGCAGGGCCUCCUGCUGCAGACCCUGAGCCAGGGAAAGCUGGCCGGCAGGGCCCUCUACUUGUCACCCAGCCGUCAAUCCCAGGGUUUCCAGGACUCUCAGGCCGAGCCUAGCCCGGUGUUCGGCAAACUGCGGCUCCGUUGACUAAUGCGUUUGCCGACCACUGGCCUAGCCCUUCCCUUGUCUGUGUUGCAAUCUAUAUAACCUCAGUCCUAACAAAUGGGCUCCAGAGAGCUAGCGGGUCUGCAGCCCUCUUUCACUUGCUGCUGCCUGAGAGCCUUACCCCCAAGGCCUUCACGGAAAAGCUACUGUGGGAAGGGAUGCACUGUGCAGGGCACUUGGGGCUCCUGCUGCCCCCUCCUGGACAUACUCAGUUUUUACUAGUAGGCGGCAGUUUCUAACCCCUUAAAAAGCCAUGUCUUCAGCGGCACAUGCUUGCUGCCCAGGCAGAGAAUGGCAGGACUCCUGACCAUGCCCCAAGCAGAGGACUUCACUGAGACUCACAUGCGUUUGUGCCAAGGACCAGGGGCACGUGCUCCCAGCCCACCCACUAGGAGGCUCUGGUUCAAUCAACAGGAUCUUUUCUCAUGUUCCCUUGGAGGAUGCCAAGGCUAUGGCUUUGUAACACAAGGAAUAGCAUGUGGUAAAUCACAAAAAUGUCAGGUAAACUAGGACCACCAGCCCUCGCCUGCUGACGAAGGUACCGUCUUCACACAGCUGAGGACUGUGCUUGGCGAGGUCAAGCUGAGAGGGCUGAUAGUGCACUACACCUUACACUAAAAUCUUCAAGCCUUGUUGAUAGAGCGCCUUUGUUUUCAGUCCUAGCGAAUAAAGUUGUG